CGCAUCGCAUCAUCUGGACAUCAUGGCAGACGUCGCCGCCGUCGAUCCGCUGGAUCUGGUCCUACAGCACGCCUCCGCCCUCGACCAAAUCACUUACUCGACCGAGUCAGGCGAAGCGGCACCAGAUCUGCUCAGCUCCUCCCUCAUCCACUUCCCCUCCCACCCAACUCCCCUCAGUCGCGCCCUUCGCACCCGCGUGCUACGCUCGAGGAACAGCCCUGCCCUUGCUCAGGACUCUACAUCAACGCCCAACUCCUUCGACGACGCCAGCCAUGCUGAGGACUUCCUCCCGCUCGACGCUCUCAUCUUCAUUCUACAGACGCAGGCUGAAGCCGUGGGUCUGUAUGCUGUCAAGGCGACGAGGGAACGAGUGGCUCGUGUAGAUACACUCGAUCGCCCCAGCUUGCUGGAAUUCCUGCUGGGAAAGAAGACGGAAUGCGAGGUGGUCCUCAGCAAGGCUGAAUGCGCGGCAAGGGACGCAAGGCGACCAAGUCGUCAAGCAGCAGCUGCGGGUGCGGAGGCAGGCGCUACGGCUGAUGCGACGAGUCAAGAUGCUUCUGCUGCUGCGGUGCCAUCGAGCGCUGAAGCCUCCGGGUCGGCGGUACCCCUACAUCCGCUUUUGGCGUCAGGGAAGCGCCCCUACAAUCCCUCGAAACAAGACCAGGCCUUUGUUAAGCGCCUCCGCACCAGCGAAGUCAUUCUGCGCGAUCGUGCUUGGGCAUUCCGUUGCACAGUGGCCAAGGCUGGAGACGGAGCUGACGAUGACGACGACUCUCUGAAUUUGGACGGAGCAACAAAGGGCGCAAUGCGCUCCGCAGCAUCAAAGGAGGUGGACUUCACACCACUGCGACGCAGUGUGGCCGGCCGGAUUCAGGCGGCUCGCUCAGGAGGCUCUUCCUCAUCAGCACCCUCAUCUCGUGCUCCUCCUGGCCAAUCAACCUCAGCCGCAGCACCAUCGAGCAAUCUUGGACGCUCAGCAAAGCAUCGUCGCCUGGACCCAAUCUUCAUCCUCCCCUCUUCGCCCUCCUCCCUCCUCACCCUCGCGAACAUCAAGCGUUUCCUCGAAGAAGGACAUUACGACCCGCCUUCCUCGUCCAACAGCCUUGCGCCAAUGGGCGGAAGCAACGAAGUUGUCGUCAUCUCCCGCCCAAAGGGCGGCCGCUUCCUCGCCGUCGACUCGCUGGACGCUCUCAGCCGUCUAGGAGCUCGUGGUGGAUCAGGGCAGGACGCCGAUCCCUGGCGCAGAGUGGUCUGCGUCGUGACUACUGGGCAAAAAUGGCAAUUCAAAGGGUACAGAUGGGAAGAAGGGAGAGACUUGUUCAGGAACGUCUUUGGAGUGUACCCGCGAUGGAGCAACGAGGCAAAAGAUGGGAAUGUCAAGGAGUGGAAUGUGUUGGAUUUGCAGAUCGAUGCGAACAAGAGGCAUCAUGAUGCACAGAUCAGUGGAAUGUUUUGGAGACAGUUGGAGGAAUGGAUGGGGAGAAGAAGACCCGAUUUGGCGUAACGAGUGGGCAAAACUCGAGCUGCGGCGCAAGCGUCAGGCGGAGGCAGCUUUGGGGUCUCAUCAGAAGCGAUGCUGUCAAGCUUUUGCGAACAUUAAUGCGAUUCGCCCAACAUCACUCGCUCGCUGUCUUGACUGCCGUGAGAAGCGGGAGAUGGGCUAAAGGCUAUGGGCGACGGACGAUGAGCGAUGGGAGCCGGCAGCAAAGACGGCGGCAGUCAGACAACGCCAC